GUAGAGCAUAGCCUGUGUGCGCAUAGUUAACAUAUACGCAUCGUUUGUGGUAGUCAACUGAUAGACAUUAUUUUACCGGGUUGUUGCAUGCCUGCUAUAGUCUAGCCUACUGUAGUUAAUUAUUUUACCGCAUUCAACAGCGGUUCCCUGGCAAAGAAAAAGUAACAGUCUCCCGGAGGGCACUACAUUUGGCUUGGUGCAAUACCCCAGAGCAUUCCCUCAGACGAUGGAUUUUUGCCAUUGCAGCUCAGUCGAGGGUGUCAGGUCUGUCUAAGAGCACCGGACUAGAACGGGCGAAAUCUCUGGUUAACCUCUUUGUGAUUCAAAAUCACCAAAGGCAAGCAGUGGAAACAAACGCGAGGAAGACACCAAAAGAUGUGAGGAAUGCGGGUUUUUUGCAUUGGCAGUGUGAUCAGCACUAAAUCUCCAGCGUGGGGUGUGAAUUCAGCACCGAGGGAAAAAGAACAGCAUCCACCGCAACCGCAGCACGACGAGAAAAUCACGGAUUUGUACAAUUUGCAAGGUCAGUCAUUACCGAACUAACGCCAAAAAAUGUGUCGGAAGCUACUGCGGUUUGUUGUUUUUGAUUGUUUUCAAAAACGUACGGAGAUGGUGAGCAAAAGGAAUCAUUCGAUCUGAGGAAUUUUAUAUGGUAAUUUUAAAGCUGGACGCCUGGACAUAACGGGCUAGAUGAGCAUGGAUAUAAUAAAGGACUGCUGUGUUCUCUUUUAGACCCGUCGGUCUAAGCUUUUCUUUUUUGAUACGCUGGACUAAUAACAUUAAUUCAACGGCUCGUAUUCAUGUCUUGAAAUCGGGGAUGAAUUGUUCUUAUUGAAAAUGCUGCUUUGGAUUGUCUUGCUGAAGGCGACUCUUUGUGUUGCUAUUGGAAAUGUUACAAAGGACAUUUGUAAGGAGCAGAUCUGUUCCUGCAAUGAGAUUGAAGGCGAUUUGCACAUUGACUGCGAAAAAAGGAGCUUUACUAAUCUCCACCAUUUGACUGGUCCCAGUUCACAGUUUUAUCAUUUGCUAUUGCAUGGAAAUUCUUUAUCCAGGCUGUUUCCCAAUGAGUUUGCUAACUUUUACAAUGCCGUAAGCUUGCAUUUGGAAAACAACGGCUUGCACGACAUUGUCCCUGGCGCUUUUCUGGGAUUGCAGCUCGUGAAAAGGCUGCAUAUAAAUAAUAACAAGAUACGGUCAUUUAGGAAGAGUACCUUCCUUGGUUUAGAUGACUUGGAAUAUCUGCAGGCCGAUUUUAAUCUACUAAGAGACAUUGACCCGGCCGUGUUCAGGGAUUUGAAUAAACUUGAAGUGUUAAUUCUAAACGAUAACCUUAUCAGUGCGCUACCUAUAAAUGUGUUUCAACACGUUCCGAUCACCCACCUCGACUUGCGAGGGAACCGAAUCAAAACGGUGCCUUAUGAGGGAGUUCUCGAACAGAUACCGGGAAUUGCGGAGGUUUUACUGGAGGAUAACCCCUGGGACUGCAACUGCGACCUGGUUUCCCUGAAGGAAUGGCUGGAGAAUAUACCGCAGAACGCGCUCAUCGGUCGGGUAAUCUGCGAAGCUCCGACGCCACUGCAGGGAAACGACUUGAACGACACCUCAGAAAUGGAUCUUUGUCCUUCAAAGAGUGGUGACGGGACUUUGGUUGCGCCUCCCACCCAAGACGAGACCUCCGAACCUGGGCCCGUUCCAACGCCUUAUAAAGCCAGUGGCGAUCCUGGGUCCCCAACUACUGGCAGUGGGCAAAAGGGACGCUCUAAAUCGCACUGGCAGUUAAAAACGAAGCCCACAUCUAUGACAGGUGUGAACGGGGAGAGAGAGCAGCUGCAGAUUGUACAGAACGCCUCGUGCCCUGUGCCUUGCAGCUGCAAGCUCAUUGGAUCCAGGCAUGGGUUAGGGGUUAACUGCGAGGGCAAGAAGAUAGACAGCUUGGCUAACCUCAAACCUAAACCCCUCACUGCCCACGAAUUAAACAUGAGAGAUAACAACAUCCAUGCAAUAAAAAAGAACCAUCUCAAUGGCUACUCGAGCCUGAAUCUCCUUGAUUUGGGGGGUAACAACAUAAAAAUUAUAGACAACAGCACUUUUCAAAAUCUCACCGAAUUAAGAUGGUUGUACAUGGAUAAGAAUUAUCUGGAUACCCUCAUGGCUGAAAUGUUCGUCGGGCUUCAGAAUUUGGAAUAUCUCAGUUUGGAAUAUAAUAAUAUACAGCUGAUACUGGCAGGCACAUUCAGCCCAAUGCCAAAUCUCCGAGUGCUUUUCCUCAACAACAACUUGCUUAAAUUUCUACCUGUGGAUGCUUUCCUUGGAGUGUCUUUGUCAAAGAUUAGCUUGCAUAAUAAUUACUUCACAUAUCUCCCUGUCACCGGCGUCUUAGAUCAGCUCAACUCGAUCAUACAAAUUGAUUUACACGGGAACCCAUGGGAUUGCACCUGUAACAUCGUCCCGUUCAAACACUGGACAGAGAAACUGGGGGCGGAUGUGAUCGUCAGCGACGUGAAGUGCGAGUCCCCUGAAGAGUUCUGGAAAAGGGAUGUGCGUCGUGUCAGAAAUGAUUUGAUGUGUCCCAAGUUGUAUGAAAAAAUCUACCCCACCUCCCUCUCCAAAAACAGCACUUUCACCGCAGACACGGGUACGCGCUCGAACUCCUAUGUGGAGCCCAACAGGGUAUCAAUCUCUGUACUCGUCCCUGGGCUGCUACUGGUGUUUGUCACAUCCGCGUUCACUGUUGUUGGAAUGCUUGUCUUCAUCCUAAGGAAUCGCAAGAGAUCAAAGCGGAGGGAUGGUAACUCCUCUGCGUCAGAGAUCAAUUCCUUGCAGACGGUGUGCGACUCGUCUUAUUGGCAUAGCGGGCCUUACCAUGCGGACGGGGGCGCGCACAGAGGGUUCGACUGUAGCGCCCAUAUCUCUACGACAAAUGACGCGUAAAACUACACUAACAAUAAAAACUGGAAUACAAACAAACAGUCAAACAGACAAGACAGACAGGCACACCAAUGGACUGAGUUCUGUUAACAUAAUGGCAAUUGAAGAAAAACAAACAAAUGCUACUAAGCCUCUUCAUUCGCUUUUUGUUGGCGACAGACCCUUUUUUGUUUGCUCCAGUUGACUGUAGUGCCAAUGAGUCUACUACAGAAGCAACGGUAAUAUAUGUAUAGGCCCCCUCCCCCAGUUCAGCUAUUUGCCGCAAUCAGACUAAGGAUCUGAGAGAGAAGACUCGGAAAAUCGUGCACGAGCGCAUGAAUGUAAUGUAAAUAACUGACUGUAUCAUAUCUGCAUGAUUUCGCAUGGUUUCAACACACUGGGGAACCAUACCAUAAUUAACAAAGAAGCCAACUCAACCUUCCUUUCAUGUUAUCAAUAUGACUAUAUAUAUAUAUAUAUACAUAUAUAUAAAACUAUAUAUGAACAUAUACAAAGUGCAAUUUCUCAAUUUUUCUUUUUUGUGUACUAAGGUUAUAGGGUUUGUAUUUGUUGUUUUGAAAGGAUUGGAAAAAAAACGGGAAAAGGAACAUUUGGGAAGACAAGAAGGUUAAACAGCUGUCCAUGCAUGUUCUCUUUAGUUUGUUUCAUCAUUUGAUUGUCGAUGAAUAUCGAGGUUAUUUAUAGUUAGUGCAGACCUUAUCAUUUCUGCACAUUACUUUCUUUAUGAAUGUAUAAUGUGUUAUUUUAUGGUGUGCCAAUUGUUGAAUUUCAGAUAUUCGGGAUUCAGAUGAGCAUGACCAAUUAACGUCACUCAGAUGCUUACGCUGCAAGGUUAAUGUAGCCAGCUGAAAACAGUUCAUGGUUUUGUGUGUUAAUGAAUACAGUCUGCUUUGGGGGGAAGGAGAGAAGGCUUUACCGAAAUAUUCAAUGGGAGUUUUUUUAACGGCAUAUUUUUUCAAAAUCAAAAUGUUUUCAAUGGAAGUGAUGGUACGUGCAAUUCGAUCUAUGUACAGAGCGCAGGUAGUCUAGAAUGCUUUUUUAAAAGUAUUCCUUCACAAAAGCGUAUAGGCUAUGAUUCACCUCCAUUUAUGUGAGCUUUUGUAAAGCCAUCUAUUGUGUCCAAAUAUGAGAAAUGGGACCGCCUACAUUUUAUAACUAACGUGCUUAAAAUAGAUAGGCAAUGUUCAGUUUCCAUUAGUAAAAAAACAAGUGUUAGCAUCGGACAGUAGGCUUAUUAAUCUGAUCCCAUAAGGAUGUCUUGGCAGGAUCAGCACGUUGAAUAGGCCAACUCACAGUUUCGCUGUUGUAGCUUCUCCACUGGAGAAGUAGGGAAGGGUUAUGAAUUCUGCAUUGUGAUGUAUUGGGUAAGAAUGGGAUAUGUCAAAUAAAGAGACACACACUCUUCCGAUGUCUUCAAACUGCGGUCUGGUGGCUAAUGCCGAAGCACAUUUUACCGGUCAAAUACACUCACGCCAAUGUGGUUUUCACAGUAACGGUUAGGACUCAAACGUGGAAGUUAAUUUGACAGUUUAAGUGGAUCGAUGCCACUGGUUCUGAUGAACCAUGGUAUAGGUCCUAGAACUGGGCAGGGUAUGCUAUAUAUAUAUAUGUGUAUGUGUGUAUAUGUAUGACACACCCCGUUCAGGUUGCAGUUUGGACAUGUCUUACCUUAUCUGACCAUUCUUUCCCAGGCGUUUUUCAACAGUGUGGUCAGGGAGAGAAUGUCGUUGUCCAUGGUGCUGAAACGGCUGCAUAAGCAGAACAGUGCUAAUUGGUGGAGCGUCUGGGCUAUAUGUGCGUGCAGCGGUCUGUGUGUUUGUGUGGUCGUGUGGUUGUGAGCGUGUGUCUGUGUGUGAGUGCAUGCAAAGGCAUCUAAAUGUGUUUGUCUUUAUGCGUGUGCCUGUAUGUAUGCCCCACAUACACACGCGCACAAGCACGUAUUCCCCUCUCCCCCUUGACAAAAUGUAACGAAUCACACAAGCUGACCUUGGGAACAAUUAUCUCAGUAGAUCUGUGGCUACAUCAGUGCUGUCCAUCACUUCAGACUGCAUUCUGCUGGCAUAUCGCUUCAAAGGGUCAUUCUUGGUCUACUGUGGAAUAUUGUACCAUUGCUCAUCAAUUAUUGGUGGAAUUUCAACGCUGUGUCCCAGACUUACAUUUCUAUGCUUUACUACAUUUUACCUGCUUAUAUUUUGUUAAAUAAAAUGUGGUUGAGGUUGAGUAAAAUUUGUGGUUUUCUAAGACAUUUCAUUCUUACAUGGGUUGAACUGGAGUACUGCUUCAGUGACCGCUGGGGUCUGAAAUAGACCUGGGCAUGGUGCUGAAAUGGAUGGACGAGUCACUGGGCCAGCAGAAAAAAAAAAUAAUACAGCCAGCCUAUUUCAGCAAUGAACUGAAUCAUUUUCUUCACACUAUAUUCAUGGUUUUGUGACUGAGGUAAUGCAAUACUGUCCACAACUAUGGCUGUGGUUAAAAUAUACAACAUUUCCAUUCCUUCUGAUGGUUCAGUCAAGAGCACGAUAGUUUUAAAUACCGGAUUAUAAGGUUGACUGCAUGAUUGGCUCUGUCCUCAUACCCUGGCCCAGGGACCGACCAUCCCAUUCCUGGGGUCUGAUGGUUUUCGAUUUAACUGAAAUGGAAGACCAGGUGUUGAAUUUUGUCGACCACUGAACAUAUCAACUAGCUCAGUUGAAGUGAUGUGUAGACUGCAAAUGACUUGUUCUUUUAGAAUGACUACUUUGUACGACUAAAUAGUCACCUUUCAUUUUCAGAGGGACUUGUACCUUUUUAGUCAUUCGUUUGACCUGCUGGCAGCGGUUAAUAGGCUACAGCAGGAUUAAUACGUGCCCUACUCACCCGGUUCUGGAGAUGAGCUCCGACAACCAACUGUCUGAACGCGUGAGCAGUAAAGAACAUGCUGCAGGCAGUGUGGAGAAGACAAAUACAUGUUUAGGACGGAUAAAUGAUUGUACGCUGCAAAUGUUGAAAUGUAUUGAUUGUUUACUGUCACUGAUGCACAAGUGUUUGUAGAAACACAACACCGGCAAACAAACAAAACCAUCUGUUAUGGGGGGAGGGUUGCCAUUGGUCAACACUGUUGUGCUCAUCCCAGUACUUGCAUUCCGGGACGAGUCGUUCGCCAUUUACAGAUUUAAUUUUUUGUGUGAGUAGAAAUCACACGUGCACAUUGUUUGAAGCAGACUUGUAGUCUCAGUCAUAAAUGACAGCUCCAGUAAGCGCUGAAUGGUAAUUAAGAAGCUUGU